CAAAUCCGACCUAAAAUUCCCCCUCCCACCCUCUGCUCUUUUCAGGACACUCUUCCUUCAAUUUCUCUCCCUCCUGUCUUGUCUUCUCCGAGAGAGAGAGAGAGAGAUUUCUAGUGUUUGGGUUUUUUCUUUCGCUCUUUCCUCUUAUCCGUCGAUUCUAGGGUUUAUAAAGCGGAUUGGAGCUUGGAAGCUUGAAAUUCACCUAUGAAAAUCUCAUUUCCCCCAUCGAGUUUCUAGGUUUUCGUUUUCUGUAAAGAGAGAGAGAGAGAGGGAGGUAUAGAUUUUUAGGAUUUUUUGGUUCAAUCCUCCGUUUUUUCUGCUUUUGGCCAUUGUUGGGUUUAUGAGGUGGAUCGAGCUUGAAAUUUUCUUCGUAUGGAAAAUUUAUUUCCCCGUUGAUUCUCUAGGGUUUCUCUUUAGAAAGAGAUAGAGCGAGGUUUCUUUGUUUUUUUUCACUCUGUUGAUCUUCCAUCUUCCUCAUUUGGCGAUUUUAGGCUUCAUUAGACGGAUUUGAGCAUCAGAUUCAGUUAUGAAAUUAACGUUUACCUGUUAAAUUUCUAGGGUUUUCGUUCCUUUUCAAAUGGAGGGAAGGAACAUUUCUGCUAGCCCUCGGCCUUCCUGCACGCGCCGGAUCCUUGCGCGUAAGCGGCCACAUGUCGAGCCUGCGUUUGGCAACAGCGUGAAGAAGCUCCAGAGGCGGGAGAUAUGUUCGAAGCGCGACCGAGCUUUCAGUAUGAGCAAUGCGCAGGAGCGGUUCAGGAAUAUAUCGCUCCAGGUGGAAUUUGAUACCCAUGAUCCCAAGGGAAGCGAUUACUUGGAACUGCCUUUUCUGAAAAAGAGGUCAAAAAUUAUUGAAAUAGUUGCAGCCCGUGACAUUGUCUUUGCCCUAACACAGUCUGGUGUCUGUGCGGCAUUUAGCAGAGAGACAAACCAGCGGAUAUGCUUUUUGAACGUGAGUCCCGAUGAAGUCAUUCGAAGCUUGUUUUAUAAUAAGAAUAACGAUUCACUUAUUACAGUUUCAGUUUAUGCUUCAGAUAGCUUCAGCUCUUUGAAAUGCAGGACCACUAGAAUUGAGUAUAUACGAAGGGGAAAGCCCAAUGCUGGGUUUGCUCUUUUCGAAUCGGAGUCACUGAAGUGGCCAGGCUUUGUAGAAUUUGAUGAUGUAAAUGGGAAGGUCCUUACAUAUUCUGCACAGGACUGUAUAUACAAGGUGUUUGACCUGAAAAACUAUACGAUGUUGUACUCUAUAUCGGAUAAAAAUGUCCAAGAAAUUAAGAUCAGUCCAGGUAUUAUGUUAUUGAUAUUUAAUAGAGCCAGCAGUCAUGUCCCUCUUAAGAUCCUAUCCAUAGAGGAUGGAACUGUUCUCAAAGCUUUCAAUCAUCUCCUCCAUCGGAAUAAGAAGGUGGACUUCAUAGAACAGUUCAAUGAAAAGCUGCUCGUCAAGCAAGAAAAUGAGAAUCUUCAGAUUCUCGAUGUACGGAAUGCUGAGCUUACUGAAGUUAGCAGAACAGAAUUCAUGACUCCAUCAGCUUUUAUCUUUCUAUACGAGAAUCAGCUAUUCUUGACAUUUCGUAAUCGGACAGUUGCUGUUUGGAACUUUCGGGGGGAGCUUGUUACUUCGUUUGAAGAUCACCUGUUGUGGCACCCUGAUUGCAACACAAACAACAUUUACAUCACAAGUGAUCAGGAUCUUAUCAUUUCAUACUGCAAAGCUGACUCUGAUGAUUCACCAGUGAAAGGAAAUGCUGGGUCUAUCAAUAUCAGCAAUAUCUUGUCUGGAAAAUGCCUUGCUAAGAUCCGUGCAAGCAAUGACAACCACGAUGUUGUUGACUGGGACCCUAAGAGGAAGAAGCGGCGCUUGCCCAGAUUCAGGAACUCAAUUGCAGAAGCUUUAGAGGACAUAACGGCCUUGUUUUAUGAUGAAGAGCGCAAUGAGAUCUACACUGGGAACAGGCAAGGUCUUGUCCAUGUAUGGUCCAAUUGAUCCUUUACUCAUCUGGGCUGUGCGAGAACCGCCAGCUUGUUGCACCUUGUAGGGCGGACCCUGCGAUCUGCAGCAAUGUGUAUCAUGAAAUGCUUCUGUUGUAGUUGGUAUUCAUUUUUCUGUUGUAGUGUGGAAACUUAUGAUCAAUCACUAAAAGUUUUUAGCUGA